AACGCUUUUUAUUUGUCGCCAAAGCUCAACGUUAGCAGUCACUGAUCACGUAAGCGAGGGGAUUAUGUGCUCCCCACACCACACGAUCCACAAUUUCGCACGUGGCCAGAAUAGUCGCCUUAGAUUCGAAGCUCAUCCCGGUCCUAGUCAAAAAGGCGCGCACAUCGGCGGUGAAGCGUCGUCGUCGUCUAUAAACUCAAGCGCGUCGAUUAUUCCAAACCACUUACGAAGCUUUGAAAAGCGUAUGAACCUGCGUAGACUCUCGUCCAGAAUGGCCGAAGAAAUCAGUAGGUCCGCCGCCGCCGCCGAGCUCCGACCCUCUGCUUCCACCGCCACAGCCACAAAGUCAAAAUCGCGCUGGCCCUCCCUCCUCCGUUGGAUCCCGACCUCCACCGAUGACAUCAUCGCCGCGGAGAAGCGCCUCCUCUCUCUUGUCGCGACUCCAUAUGUUCAGGAGCGGGUGAAUAUUGGAUCCGGCCCGCCCGGGUCGAAGGUGAGGUGGUUUCGGUCGGCAAGCAAUGAGGAAAGGUUUAUCAACACGGUUACUUUUGACAGCAAAGAGGAUUCUCCUACUCUUGUAAUGGUUCACGGCUACGGUGCUUCUCAAGGUUUCUUCUUUAGAAAUUUUGAUGCCCUUGCAAGUCGGUUCAGGGUCAUUGCUAUUGAUCAACUUGGCUGGGGUGGAUCAAGCAGACCUGAUUUUACAUGCAAAAGCACUGAAGAAACUGAAGCAUGGUUUAUUGAUUCUUUGGAAGAAUGGCGGAAAGCCAAAAAUCUCAGCAACUUUAUAUUACUUGGACAUUCAUUUGGUGGGUAUGUUGCAGCUAAGUAUGCGCUAAAGCAUCCAGAGCACAUUAAGCAUUUAGUUUUAGUGGGUUCUGCUGGGUUCUCGUCAGCGGAAGAUGCAAGGAAUGAGUGGAUUAUGCAGUUUAAAACAACAUGGAAAGGAGCAAUUAUUAACCAUUUAUGGGAGUCUAAUUUUACUCCUCAGAAGCUAAUCAGAGGGUUAGGGCCUUGGGGUCCAAAGAUUGUUCGGGGUUACACAAAUACUAGAUUUGGCGCUCGUGCAGCAGGGACCACCCUAAAUGAACAUGAAUCACGACUGCUAACAGAUUACGUGUACCAUACUUUAGCUGCCAAAGCAAGUGGAGAAUUGUGCUUGAAAUAUAUAUUUUCUUUCGGAGCGUUUGCUCGGAAGCCUCUUCUUCAGAGUGCAUCAGAGUGGAAAGUGCCAACUACUUUUAUUUAUGGCUAUCAAGAUUGGAUGAAUUAUCAAGGGGCUCAAGAAGCUCGCAAGGAUAUGAAGGUCCCAUGUGAGAUUAUUAGAGUUCCUGAGGCGGGACACUUCGUAUUCAUAGACAAUCCCGAGGGUUUCCAUUCAGCUGUUUUGUACGCUUGCCGUAGAUUUCUGUCACCUAACCCAGACAAUGAAUCUUUGCCUGAAAGUUUGACAGCUGCUUGAAAUGAAUACUUAGUUGCUUUCUCAUUUCCUCUGUAUAUAUAUUAAACAAUCUCCUUAUUUAAGAAGAUUCAUUCAAAUUCCACUGAUUAAAUCUUUAUAUUCUUUGAGUAUCUGUAUUUGCUACACUCAUUAUGCAUAAAUACCAACCAACAAUGGAUUGUUUGGUGUCUCUA